AUGUAUCUGCUUUGGGUUAUUGCUGUGAUGAUGGUAAACGUAGUUGCCUCAACAAACAUAGGCACUACACGCAUUUUCCCCAUCAAAAAACUUGAUAAUGCCAGUACCAGCAGUUCCAAAAAGUUUCGACGGUCCAUAUCAUCUUUAGACCCAUCCACACUACUUUCUGUCGAAGACAUUAUUUCCAGCAGCUCUGAUAAUUUCAUUAACAGUUUUCUAGGAGCUCACGCGCUUAAUUCUGAUGUUGCAGCAACAAUUAGUGGCUCCACACAAUUGAUAGACAAAGGUUACUGGAAAAAAAAUUCCCGCGGCGCUGUUUUCAAACACGGCUCACUUGAUAGCCGCAGCAUUAUUAUCGAUAACAAUAACACGUCCGAUUCAAUUUCAUAUUAUGCUGAGAUAAAACUAGGAACAUUCAAUGAGUCAACUGAGGAAAAAGUGUUCAAUGUUAUUGUUGAUACUGGCUCCUUUUUUACUUGGGUCUACUCCUCCAACUGUACAUUGGCUGAAUGUGCUGACCAUACGCUUUUUGAUGCCGAACAAUCAAAGACGGGCACUUUCACAGGUUUGCCUUUUGAAGUUAUUUACAAUACUGGACUUAUUAAUGGAACAUUUAUUCAGGAUCGUGUUCGUCUUGCAGGCUUUGAUUUUGGUAAUCAAUACUUAGGCUUGGCGAACAGUGGCCAGUCUAGUUUCUAUUCUUAUGCUGUAGAUGGAAUCUUAGGUUUUCCGUCAAAGGACCCAGAUAGUUCAACGCAUGGAAUUCUUAAUACUCUAUAUUUAGAGUCUCUUAUUUCUCAGCGUGUUAUUGGAAUUAGUUUAAGCGGAGAUAAUGGAAAUUUUACUGAUAGUAACGAAGGAAGUCUUUCCAUUGGUGGUCUUGAUUCGGAAAAGUAUUCUGGAGAAAUUGAAUAUUACUCUAUCAAUAACUCUUCAAUUUUCUGGGAGAUUCCACUUGCCCGUACUCUUGUUAAUGGAACAGAAGUUUCCUUUGCAGCCGGAAAUAGCGACAAUGGAACUAGGACAGUUAUUGUCGACACAGGAACUACUCUUCUACUUAUGCCACCUAAUGAUGCUCUCAUGCUUCACAGUUACAUUGGAAAUUCAUCCACUGAUGGAUCAAACUUUGUUAUUCCGUGCAAUUCAACAAUUGAGUUUGCAUUUUCUUUCGGUACCAAUAGCUCCUCUCGUAACUGGACCGUUGGCCCCGAUUCUUACAUUGGUGAGCAGUAUAAUGAUGAAGGAUUCUGUUUAAGUAACAUUCAAGGGCUUUAUGUUGAUGAAAAACAAUGGGUCCUAGGUGAUGUUUUCUUGCGUGGGGUUUAUUCUGUUUUUGACAUGGACAAUGCCGUUGUUGGUUUUGCCACCAAAAAGUCUUCAAAUACUAGUGUUACCCCUGAAAGCACUUUUGUUUCCUUAUCUUUAAAUUCAUCUAUAAGUACAACUUCAGAAUCCUCUGCUACUGCUACUGCUACUGCUACCUCAACUUCUGGAGCUUCGGGACUCUAUGUUGGGGUUUACACUUUAACAUUAUCUCUGAUUUUGCAGUUUUUAUUAUGA